UAAAUUCAGUGCUUUCGGCUCGAACUAUGUGUACAAAACUAUUUUAAGAAUAUAAUAUGAUUAACAAUUAAAAUAGAACAAGAUAACUCUAAAUCCUGGAUUCUUUCUCCUUCCAAUCUCUAUAUAAAAGAGCAAGAUGCUCAUCUUCCUUUGGCUUAAGAAAUUUGUCCAAGCCCACUCUUGAUACUAAUAAACAUCUCUUCCUCUGUAGCUAGCUAGCUAGAUUUAAAGAGUUGUCAAGUCAAUCCUUCCCUUAACAUGAAAAUUUUUAGUUGGAUUCAAACCAAGUUCAAUGGAAAACAAACUACUUAUAAGUCAAAUCCAGUGGCGGUUACGCAUCAUGUGUUGCAUCAAGAAUUCAGUGACUGGCCUAAUGAACUACUUGCUAUUGGUACAUUUGGAAGUUUGAAAAAUGAUGGGAAGUUGAAACAACAAGAUCAAAGCCUUACAGUUGAAGAAGUUGGACAGCUUCACAAAGAACUAAAACAUCUAUUUCCUGAUCAUGAAGAAAGUAAUAAGAUAGGAUCAAAUAAGGAUCUUGACAAAUUCUUUGACUGUCUUCAAGACUUGGUAGAUGAUGAUGAUCACAGAGUUAUUGAAAAUAAAGAAAACAUUUACAAAAGGAGUAAUAGUACUCUUGUUCAUGUUAGAAGCCAAGAACAAUCUUCUAAAUUGGAGAACAUGACAAAUAGUGGCAUUAGCAAGAGAUCUUUGUCAUAUCUCCUAAAGAAGACAUUGUUCUGUAGCGCGGGAUUCGCAGCCCCUUUGAGAGAUAAUCCAGUGCUUCCACACUCCAAAAUUCAGAAAUCAAGGAUGGAAAAGAUUCUGAGGGCUAUAUUACACAAAAAGAUAUAUCCUCAAGCAAAUAGUCCAAGGGGUAAUGGUACUACCACAAGAAAGAGAUACAUAGACAAUACAUGUAUGAUUGAGAGUGAUACUGAUCAAGACGACGAAGCAUUUGACACUACUGUGAAGAAUGGGAGCAAAUGGGAUAAGUCAGAUUCUGAUUUCAUUGUACUAGAGAUAUGAUUGGCUUCUUCAAACAUAUAUGAGAUUGAUUUCUGUUUCAUUUGGAAUUGCAAAAUUCAGAUUCUUCUCAAGUUCUUUUUUUUUUUUUGGAAGAGUCAAUCUUCCAUGUAUUGGUGUUAUAUGAUCAUGAGAAGUACAUAUUUCACUUGAUUUUUGCCAUGACUAGAUGAGGAUAUCUGUUUUUGUCAUGGUUGGAAAAAGUUCAUCUACUGAAGUUUCAAUAAGAGGGGAAGAUUUGUAAUCUUAAUUAGCCAAGUGAAUUAAUGACAAAUUGGAAUUGUUAUUUUGAUGCAA